AAAGAGAUCGCAUAGUGAAUAUCGUGCCGAUUUGAUAUUCAGUAAUACGGUGAAAAUCGAUUUGUAAUGGUAGUGCGUCUGUUAUGUUACUUGGGGUCGUGUGUUGGGCUUGUUUCAAGUUGGGUUGGUGGGUGUUGGAGGCUAGAUGUGCCUUUUGUUAGGCUACAUAGUGGGUAGGUAGGUAGACGGCUUGUUCUGGUUCUUGGGUUGGGCUAAGGUAGUAUGUUUGGUGGGGUAGUUUGGGCCUGGGAGGAGAACAUUCAACAGGAGAAAAAACAAAGAGGAACAUUUGGAUGCAGAGGCAACAAAUGGGGAAAAGAAUAAGAUAGGAGAAAAAAUAAAGAGAAAUUUGGAUGCAGAGGCAACUAAUCAGAAACAUAAUAAGAUAAGUAUACUAAUCACAUUGAUUGAUUUUUGAGAUGUUAUAUUUUAUAUAUAAAAUAACAGAAUUGUAACUAAGUACUCGUUUUCUACAGGAAUGCAUGAACGGUAUGUUGAGGAAGAAGGGAACAACAAUAGAACAGAAGAAAUUUUGACAACCCAACAGUGUUACAAUGUUAUUAUGGUUCGGGAUGGACUGAAUGAACCCUUGAACAUGAAUCAAGGAAUUUUCGCGCGGGAGUGGGGCCUCUUAUGCAUUGUCCUCCUUAGACUGAGUGGUCCGGGCCCAUGCAAUGUCGGUUAUGUCGGUGAAUUCAACAAUGAUGGCUGGCUGAUUGUGUUGGGGAGCCAUGACUGGUCUUGCAAGAUUUGGGACACGACCACCGCCUUGCUUAAGACGAUGAUAGACGAUAAGGUGCAGGCCGUGAAUAUGUAUACAAUAGGCUACAGUUCAGGUGAAAUUCUGUUCACGUUGCGGGUGGUACUUCACCUUUGUGCAAGGGUUGUGCAUUGGUGGGUUUAUAUUCUGCUCAUUUACCUUAAAGGAUUUACCACCAAGCAAAUGGUGAAUCCAUGGAAGACUUAUAUUCAAAUCCACCAAGGUAGAAAAUGUGUUUCGUUUUCUAACGGGCUCACGAAGGGCUCUCUGGCUUUUCUCAAUUAUCCAGCACAGCUCAUGUUCAAAUCCACCAAGAUUCUGCCUGGGAUGAUCAUGGGGGCUUUUAUUCUGGGCUUGAGACGGCUCUUGUUGAUUGCUAUGGGGAUUAUACUGAAGAUGUUGCCUGAUAACAAGCCGACCAAAAGGCCCGCAGCCUUAAAUGUUUGGCCCACGAUUGAAAGUUCAUCUUCACAGAGCGAAGAUAACAGGUUCGAAUUUGGACAAGAAGAGGAUGAUGAAGAAAAGAAGCAUUUGGUCUGAACACUAUAAUUUUAAGGGCUUUGUGGAGUGCUGCCUUUCUGGAUUUGCUGUGAUAUUUGUGAGAGGUGGUUCCAUGGGAAAUGCAUGAAGAUAGCGCGUGCAAAAGCCGAACAUAUCAAACAAUACAAAUGCCCUACCUACAGUAGCAAGAGGGCUAGGGUUUAAUCUGGCCAUAUUUAUAUUAGGAAGAUCAAUUGAGGGUGUAGAAAUGGUUAGUCUUAACUUCAUCGAAAGUUGAAUGUGCUAUACAAUUAGUUUAUAAAUUUGAAGAUCGGGUAAUACCGAUCCCUGAACUUGUGUAAUUAUUUUGUCUAUAUGUUGCUCAUGAAUUGUAGUACUUUUUAAGGAAGUUUGCAGACAGCGGUGCUCUCUUAUUUAGAGAUGUGAUUAUACUAUGUCAUUGUCUGUUCUUCUAGUUCUUUUUGUUGUGCUUUC